AUGUCAGGCCAACCCAAUCAGGCCAAAGCAAACUUCCCUAAGUGUCUUUGGGAUCUGCCGUUUGUCAAUAGAGGAGUUUCAGGCAUUGUUUUUGCGGUUGACGAGCUAUCGGUGAUUAAGACGCCAACUGGGGGAGAGGAGAAUGCUGAAGAGCUUCGAGUGGAAAGGGAGAUUCUCGAGCGACUUGGGGACCAUCCGCGGAUAGUGAAACUGUUAUACACUUAUAAGGAUCUUAUUGUCCUUGAGCGACUGAGAUACCCUCUACGAUUCCGAACAUGGGAGCUCAGGGAAGAUGGCCGGACAGCUAGCCUCGAUGACGUCUUGAAAUGGUCUGCUCAAGCGGCUGAAGGAAUGCAGUAUUUCCAUGCAAAGGGUGUCUUUCAGGUUGAUGUCGGUCUUCACAACUUGCUGGUCGACUGGGACGAUAAUGUCAAGUACUGCGAUUUCUCUGGAAGCUCGAUAGACGGGAGCAGGCCGACCGUCGUUGUCAGCCCGACGGCCCAGCAUCCCACGGCCGUGAUAGGGUCUCCUACUGUACAGACGGAACUGUUUUCCCUCGGAUCUGCGAUAUACGAAAUCUCUACUACAUUCAAAGCAUAUGAGGGACUGGAGGAACAUGAAUUACAAGCUCGGUAUGCGAGGGGUGAAUACCCUGACACAAGCCGGCUUCUUCUCGGCGGCGUGAUUCUCAAGUGCUGGCGUGGUUGUUAUUCCAAUGCAGGGGAGGUAGCAGCAGAGAUCAGAGACAUUCAGCGACGGAUGAAACAUGGGAAUGACCUGAGUCUAUCCAUCAACGGCCUGAUGGAAAGAAAACGGAGUGAACAUACUCGAGUAUAUAUCCGCAUGCAGUUGUUCAUUGCCGCUGCUGUCUUCGGUGCCCAAGCCAUGUUCCGAGCCACCACUAUUAAUCCCUUGGCAUAG